CUCUUUUCUUCUCUUCUUCCUAAAACCCUAAUCGCCCCGCCACCUCCCAAAGGCGGUUCCUCCAUUACCAGGGUUUAAGCUUCCCACAGUCAAAUUCCCAUUACCACAAACCCUAAAACCAUCCAAAAUCAACCAUGGCAACGACAUUAGAAGCACAGUUACGAAUAAUCAAAUCCCUAAACAACUUAGAAAUCAAAUCAACAAAAAAACCAUUCACAAAUCCAUCAAUCUUAUACGAUCCACGAGUCGCAGCUGAUCUAGACAUCGAUUCACUCUAUUCUAUUGCUAUUUCGAGUUUAGAUGUGUUGGUAAAAAGUGAGCUCCGAUUUGAAGCUUAUAAGAAUAGUUUGUUCAGUUAUAAGAGUAGAGAAUUGAAUAGAGCUUUACAAGGUAGAGUUGAAAAUGAAGAGAUUGAUGUAUCGAUUUCUUCGUAUUUGAGGUUGUUGUCUGGGUAUUUGUUGGUUGAUUCGGCUUUGCAUACUUUGGAGUAUCUUGUGCGGCGUUACAUGGUUCAUGUGUAUAACAUUGAUGAAUUGGUGAAUUGUGCGUUGCCGUAUCAUGAUACAGCUGCCUUUGUAAGGAUUGUGCAGAUAGUGCAAUUGCAAAAUAGUAAGUGGGGAUUUCUUGAAGCGGUUCAGAAGUCAGGUGCACCACCACCAAGGAGUGUUUUAGUGCAACAAUGUGUACGAGACAGAGGGCUUUUGGUGACUUUAUGUGAUUACGCGAUGCCGGCAAAGAAAUACCAGCCUUCCGUAGUCGUUAUUAGCUUUUUUACUGCAGUUGCUGUUGAGGUAUUUGGAGCUUUGACGGUUAUAGAUGCUGAUACCGUGAGAAAAGUUAUUCAAUUUGUAUUUAAAGGACUUGAUCCAAAUGCGAACGCAAGCCCUGACCAUAAGGCUGGUGCCUUGAUGAUAGCUAGUUUAUUGGCAAACAGAGCAGCUUUGGCUUCUGAUAUUAUCAAGAAUUUGAUUGGGUCAAUUGCAAGGAUUGCUCAAAAAGAUGCAAAAGAAUUUGCUGAUUUACCAUGGCUACGUACGUCACUCAUGGCUAUCAUAAGCAUCGUGCAGUCACAGUCCGUUCAGAUAUUCCCAAAGAAAGCAGUGGAGACUCUUAAUGAAAUUAGGGAUUUUGCUGGAGUACUUUUUGGACUGUCGAAUGAGUUCAAUAUUGAGACGUUCUUGACAGUUUAUUUGGAAUCAUUGGUUAACUAUAGUUCUUCAGAUGAAUAUUGCCGUAGCGCCUUGAUAUCCACAUUAGAGACUGUCAAUGUAAAGGAUCAUAUUCAUAAUAUUGUGAUUAAGGUGCUUACUUCAUGCACAGCGUUAUCUAAAAGAAUGGGUAAAUCUGAAUUACCUGAUUCAGGAUGCUGGGCCAAACAAGUGUUCGUUGUUAUUGAUAAGAAUUAUCCAUCUGAGCUGCGUGGAGCUGUUAGAAAGUUCCUGGAGGACUCAAGUGAGAAAACUAAGAAAGGGGACUCGGUUUUUGAGGUUCUCUGCAUGAUGUUUGAUGGCAGUGUCGAUGCAUCACUACCUGUAACUGAUUCAAAACUGUGGUUCUCACUUGAACAUCCUAAGCCGGAGAUCCGUAAAGCAACCCUAUCUAGUUUGUCCAAAUCAAAGAUUCUGAAAGCUGAAGCUGUCGAUUCUCAGAAGCUUGCUUCUAUUCAACAAGCAAUAUCGAGGCGGCUUCAAGAUGAUGAUCUUAGUGUUGUUCAAGCGGCUUUAUCUCUGGAUGGGUUGACUAGGGUCAUUAGCGGGCCUGAUCUUCUCGAGUCAUUACGUGAUAUUCUUGUUAGAUGCGCUGAAAUCACAAGUGUGACACUUGUCCCAUCUGAAGCUAGUGCUGUUGCUCGUUCAUGCCUUGAAUGUGCAAUUUUGAACUUCAAAGAUCUGACUGAAUAUAAAAAAGAAGUUGCUAGAAUGUUGUUUCCCUUACUUCUAGUUCUUCCGAAGACACAGAAGUUAAACUUAAAGGCUCUAAAGUUGGCUACGGAAAUUCAAUGGUCAUUUUACAAGAAUAUAUCUCUUUCAUGUGAUCUAAUAUCCUCAGGGCAAGACAAGAAAUUGGAAACUAGCUCAACUGAAAUUAAUAUGAAGACUAUUUGUGCUUUUGGUGAAACCUUCGCCGCACAACCCGUAGAAUGUUUAACUUGGUUGAUCGAGUGCUCCAACGAUUCAGAGCUGUCGAAGACAUUGAUCUUCUUAGUGAUACUGCAAUCACUUAAUACUGAAAAGAAAGAUCCUUCUGGCUUUGCAAUACUAUUUCAAGCCUGCUUUCCGGUUCUCAAGCAAGAAUGGAGUGUAUAUGAGUCUACGAGUUGUAACCUUCCAGAGCAGGAGUUUACUGUGGAGAAGCUGGAAAGGGGUUGCAGCGAUUUUUUGGGCCAGCUUUCCAAGUCCAACUUCAAAGCAUUAAAUGCAAAUAUUUUGGUUUGCAUUUUUUGGAGGUUGCUGCAAGCAUUUGUUUCGGCGGUCCAGCUGAGUAGCACGGAUCAAGCUGACAGUGGAGAAUUGCUAUCUACUCUUCAUGAGUUGUUUGUCUUCUUUGCAACAUCUCGAUUGGCUCAUGUUUUGCGGGGACAGUUCCAUUCAGUUGUGGCGAAAUGCAACAUCUCUCCAGUCAGCUUCCUGUCCAAAUAUUUUACUGAAGAAGGCGUCCCUGUUGCAGUUCAAAUUGAAAGUCUUCAUAGUAUUGCUUCUACUUGUUCGCAGCUGUCACUGGAGAAAAGUAUAAGAGACGGCCACUUCCUUCCCCUUCUCAGUUUUCCUUCUGUUUUGGUUCCUCUUUCUAGCGAAAACAAGGACAUCCGAGCAGCAGCAGUGACGUGCAUGGAGGGGCUUGAUGCACUGGGGCAGUACGUGUUCAAGUCUAGCGGGAAAAACGGGAAUGAUGCUAUGUUGACUCGUAGCACUUGGACACCUUCCCUAGGGAAACUUUUGGAGUUAAUAGUACAACAGAAGAGGCUGAUCUUAUCAGAUGGGGAUUUUAUUCCAUCAUUUUUUACAGCUGUACUAGGCCCUCCUUGCAAUAGUCUUGUAGUGCCGCAAAGUAUUGAUGAAAGUUUUGAUGAGCGCACAAAGGAAGCUAUCCUCCUUUUCGUUUUAAAAUCUGCGCUCAAACUAUCUCCAUAUGGGAAGCUUGUCAUCCUGUCAUUGUUUAAAGGAAUGAGCAGUUCUAUCAUGCAUAUAAGUGGUGUUAAGUCAUUACUGUCUGAACUCCUGGAAAGGCGCAGCCAAUGUUUUAGCCCCAAUAAAUCCUUCCAAGCAUUAUCAACAAUUGAAAUUGAGACGUUAUGCAUUCUGCUGGAGGGUUGCGCUUCAUCUAGUGCUUCUUCUGCUGAAACGAUAUGGUCCGAGCAUCUCAUCAAGGCAUUGAAAGUCGAUAGUGAGCCCCCAGAAGAUCCUGCUAUCAUAAGGCCCUGUGUAACUGUGCUUCAGAAUCUGAGUUGCUCCCUAUACAAUUGUUUGAAUACUGAGACACAGGACCAAGUUUUUCAAAAUCUUGUGUUUCUGUUUCGAAAUGACUGUGGUGAAAUCCAGAAUGCAGCGAAAGAUGCUCUUCUUCGAAUCAAUGUUACAUCUUUAACGGUAAGCAAGUUGCUAAAGUUGAUUCUUGCAAAAGAAGGCCAGUUAAGUCUUUCUUCUAGUGGAAAGAAGAAAAAGAAACAAGUAAAACAGUUGAGUGACCCUCUGCAACAUGAUCUCUUUUAUAAAGAAGGAAGCAUGGUCACUUUCCUUAGCUCACUCCUUGAUGCUUUGCUCAUGAAGAAAACUAUAGAAAACAGGGUGUCUCUGAUUGGGCCUCUAUUUGAGGUUCUCGAAAAGGUCUUUUCAGAUGAUUGGCUCGCUGGCAAAGCUCAGAAUUCUUCUGAUGUUACUCAAACAACUGGCAGUACAGUAACUUAUGUUCAACAGGCUGUGUUAUCAGUCCUUGAAGACAUAACUACUUCUCUUUUCUCUGCUGUUCCAUUAGAGGAAAACAUAAGUAACAAAUUGGAUAUUAAGCUCUUGGUUGAGUGCGCACGGGCAGCGAAGGAUGCACUGGCACGCAAUCAUGCGUUCUCUCUGCUAACUUCAAUCGCGAAAGUUGCACCACAAAAAGUCUUGGACCAUAUUUUUGGUAUCUUUACUGUAAUUGGGGAGUCCGCAGUUUCCCAGAGUGACAGCUAUUCACAGACAGUCUUUGAGGACUUGAUAUCAACGGUAGUUCCAUAUUGGAUAUCUAAAACAAAUAACCCUGAGGAACUUCUUCAGAUUUUUAUAAAGGUAUUGCCUGAAAUUGCCGAGUGCAGAAGGAUCAAACUUGUAGUCUUCUUGUUGAGGGUUCUUGGAGAACGAACUACCCUGGCGUCUGUAUUUAUUCUGCUUAUUCGUUCAUUGAUUUCACGGACAAGCAUGUCCCUAGAGUCCUCUGCUUCGUCUGUGACUAGCAAAGAGUGGGAGUAUCUGUUUGCUGCACAACUGUGCGAGCAGUAUUCAUGCAUUAUAUGGCUUCCAUCUCUUGUUUCUCUUCUUCAACAAAUAUCGGCGGGUAACCAAUCUGAAGAACAACUUGCCGAGUUACUACUUGGAAUGCAGUUCGUUGCUCACAAACUUCAGGACACUGAGCUGAUUUUCAAAAUUGAAUCCGGAGAAGACUCCGAUGAAAUUCAGAGAUCACUAGGAGCACUUCUGGAGCAGGUUGUUUCUCACUUGGAACUUCUUGAUGGAAGAGGGAAGCAAUCAAAGGUUACUAAUAGUGUGAAGAAAGAAUUAAGGGACUGUAUGCAUGCUGUCUUGAAGACCAUCACAAGAGAAAUGGUUCCUUCAUCAUAUUUUAAAGGAAUAGUACUGCUGUUAGAUCAUUCAAAUGGAAAAGUGAAAAAGAAGGCUCUUGGGCUUCUUUGUGAGACAAUCAGGGAGCGCGACAUGGUUAAACCAAAGCGGAAGGGUAAAUCAAAUUUGAAACAUGAAUCAGCUAGCUCCUGGGUUGAUUUGGAUGAGUGUUCUUUGAAGUCUUUUGAAGGAAUGUGCUCGAAAAUUCUUCACUUGGUUGAUAGUUCUACAGAUGAGUCCAGUGUUCCAGUAAAGCUAUCUGCACUUUCUGCAUUUGAAGUAUUGGCUAAUAAGUUUCCCUCGCAAGAUUCCAUCUUCAACUCAUGUCUUGAGUCUGUUACAAAGCAAAUUGCUUCUGAAAAUUUGGCGGUUUCUUCCAGCUGCCUUCGCACAACAGGUGCUUUAGUCAAUGUGCUUGGUCCCAGGGCAUUGUCGGAGCUUCCUCAUAUCAUGGACUACUUGUUGAAGAGGGCUCAUAACAUUGCAUCUUCAGCUAAAGUACUCAAAAACAGCCACGAGAAAGCAGGACUUCAGGAUUCUCUUUUGACAUCUGUUCUUGUCACUUUGGAGGCUGUAGUAGACAAGCUUGGUGGGUUUUUAAAUCCUUAUCUUGAAGAUAUUAUAGAGCUUAUGGUCUUGCAUCCAGAAUAUGCUUCAGGAUCAGAUAUAAAGUUGAAGGCUAAAGCAGAUACAGUGAGGAGACUCGUCUGUGAGAAAGUCCCUGUCCGUCUUACUGUCGCACCAUUGCUCAAGGUGUACAGAGAGGCUGUCCAAUCUGGUGAAUCCAGUUUAUCAGUUACUUUCGGAAUGUUAUCAAAUCUAAUUGGUACUAUGGAUAGAUCCGCUAUUGGAAUGUACCACGUGAGGAUAUUUGAACUGUGCCUCUUAGCGCUUGAUCUUCGCCGGGAAAGUCCUGUUUCAGUUAAAAGAAUCGAUAUUGUGGAAGAAAGUGUUAUUGACUCGAUGAUUGUUUUGUCUUUGAAACUUACGGAGAACAUGUUCAAGCCUCUUUUUCUCCGAAGCCUUGAAUGGGCGGAAUCUGAAGUCGAAGGACCUGGUUCUACUGAAAGCAGGAAAUUAGAUAGAACUAUAUCUUUCUACAGAUUAAUCAGCAAGCUUGUUGAACGCCACAGAUCUUUGUUUGUUCCCUAUUUCAAGUAUUUGCUGGACGGAUGCACACUAUAUUUAACACAAGAUGCAUUGAGUGUUGGGUUGACACCAAAGAGAAAGAAGUCCAAGGUUGCCGAAGUUGUCACAACUAGUAAGGGAGAAAUAUCACCUAGACAAUGGCAUCUUAGAGCACUAAUGGUUUCUUCCUUGCACAAAUGCUUUGUGUAUGAUGCUGGGAGCUUGCAGUUUCUUGAUGCAACUAAUUUUCAGACUUUGUUGAAACCAAUUGUGGCUCAGUUGGUGGUGGACCCACCAUCUUCUCUACAAGAGUUUCCAGAUGCUCCAUCGGUUGAGGAAGUGAAUGAUUCACUGGUUGCAUGUCUUGGUCAGAUGGCCGUAACUUCUGGCUCAGAUCUACUGUGGAAGCCCCUAAACCAUGAGGUGUUGAUGCAAACAAGGAGUGAGAAGAUUCGUGCGAGGAUAUUAGGUUUGAGAGUCAUCAAGUACAUGGUGGAGAAUCUGAAAGAAGAAUACCUCACACUUCUUCCCGAGACAAUUCCGUUCCUUGGUGAACUACUUGAAGAUAUGGAGCUUCCUGUUAAGACACUUGCUCAAGAAAUUCUCAAAGAAAUGGAGACACUCAGUGGUGAAAACUUGCGCGAUUACUUGUAGUCGCAAUCUUAGAGGCACAAUAAAGUGCAUUUUUGUUAGGGGAAUAGAAUUUGUAAAUGAGUUCAUCAGGAGAUAAAAAGGGUUUGAGAUCCUCUUCACUAAUGUUAAUGGUAUUGUAGCAUGUAUACUUUCAACAUAUCUUCCUAGUGAAAUGAUCUUGUUCUGAAUUUUGGAUGCAACGCAAUUGUGGAAUGUGGUCAAACCCCUUGACAUUUUGGUCAAUAGUCUUCUCGAGAUCUGACCGUUCAA